AGGAAUCAGAGUUUGAAUAGAGUGAAUGGAGGAGUGGGGUUUGCCAUCGUCGUUGUGUGAGGUGAAGAAAGACUGUCGGGAGCGAUAUCUCGGGAGGAGGUCGUGAGAGGCUGACGGAGUAAGCCGUCCCGCCCGCCAUGUCGUUGCACGGGAAGCGCAAGGAGAUCUACAAGUACGAGGCGCCAUGGACCGUCUACGCCAUGAACUGGAGUGUCAGGCCCGACAAGCGUUUUCGGCUUGCCCUGGGCAGCUUCGUAGAAGAGUACAAUAAUAAGGUUCAGCUUGUUGGGUUGGAUGAAGAAAGCUCUGAAUUCAUUUGCAGAAAUACUUUUGAUCACCCCUAUCCCACCACCAAGCUUAUGUGGAUCCCAGACACCAAAGGGGUUUAUCCAGACCUUUUGGCAACCAGUGGUGACUACCUGCGUGUGUGGAGAGUGGGUGAAACAGAGACCAGGCUAGAAUGUCUGCUGAACAACAAUAAGAAUUCUGAUUUUUGUGCUCCACUGACCUCCUUUGAUUGGAAUGAAGUGGAUCCUUAUCUAUUAGGUACUUCUAGCAUUGACACAACUUGUACUAUCUGGGGUUUGGAAACUGGCCAGGUCUUGGGAAGAGUGAAUUUAGUGUCUGGCCACGUCAAGACUCAGUUGAUUGCCCAUGACAAAGAGGUAUAUGAUAUUGCAUUCAGCCGUGCAGGAGGUGGGAGAGACAUGUUUGCUUCUGUUGGUGCUGAUGGCUCAGUGAGGAUGUUUGACUUAAGACACUUGGAGCACAGCACUAUUAUCUAUGAGGAUCCUCAGCACCAUCCUUUGCUCCGCCUUUGCUGGAAUAAACAGGAUCCUAAUUACCUUGCAACAAUGGCAAUGGAUGGUAUGGAGGUGGUGAUUCUAGAUGUCAGAGUUCCUUGUACACCAGUUGCCAGGCUGAAUAAUCACCGAGCGUGUGUGAAUGGUAUUGCUUGGGCACCACAUUCUUCUUGCCAUAUCUGCACAGCAGCGGAUGACCAUCAAGCUCUCAUUUGGGAUAUCCAGCAAAUGCCUCGUGCCAUUGAGGACCCAAUCUUGGCUUACACAGCAGAAGGAGAAAUUAACAAUGUACAGUGGGCAUCAACUCAGCCGGACUGGAUAGCUAUCUGUUACAACAACUGUCUGGAAAUCCUGAGAGUGUAAAAAUAACUAGGUUAUGGGAAAUAAUGAAGCAGGAUGGUAGUCUUUCAGUCUUCUAAAGUUAAGAACAAAGCUGCAUUGAAACAGUGUCACUAGCUCUUAAUAUCUUCUUCUAGGAAGACUUGCAACUGGAGUUAAUGAGUAUAUAUGAUGAACUUCUACCCAUGUUUUCUCUCUCCUCCCCUCCCCACUCCAUGCCAAUGACUUAAAAAUGCAGGGAUAUCCUUAGUGUUUCAGAUCUUCUCAGAUUUUAUUAACAUGUUCAAUUAAAGUUAUGUAUAUAUUAUGGCCAUCUGUGUUGAGCAUUUUUAUUACAAUGGCACUGACUACCAAUUAACACUCUACCUGAAAUAAUUUGUUAUAGAUGCCUAAAAGCUAUUCAAAGUUAUAGAGCUAUAAAACUAACUUCUAUUAAAUAUUUUAUUCUUUUCCUCUCUCUCCCUGCUCCCAGGCAAUUUGUUUGAUACCAGUUAUGAGUUUGUAAGGGCUUUCUGUGAAACUAAGUUCUGUUGUUGUUUAAAUUGUUCUUUGCCUAUAAGCAAGGACUUGUCCUUUGCAGGAGCUGUUGGAGAAUAUAUUUUGCUCUUGCAAAAGUAUCUUGAAUUGAAGCUUUAAUUUGGAAUGGUACAUUAGAUAAUCAUCUACAUGUUGCUGUCCCUUCUCUACAACUAAAGAGUCUUCAGAAGUAAUAGCAGUGUAUAAAACUGGGUAUUUGGGUACAUACCUAGUAUCUGAUAACAAAAGUACAUCUAGUUUUAAAUUGUGUCGGUGUGUUGCCCUCCCUCACAACAUUACAUUUUUUACUAAAAUGUAGGAAACACUUCAACUGGUGGUUUUUACUGUUCUAAUAGACAAACAUUUUCCUGACAAGUUUUGCUUUAAACUUUCAAUAGCAGUUUUUAUAUCAUUUAUCUCAGCAGUGAUACAAUUAUGCAAAAAAAAAAAAAACCAAACAAAAAACUUUCCUUAAGGCAGCAUAGGAUAUACACAUAGUAUAAAUGCUGAGAAUUAAAUUUGUUGUCAAUAUAUGGGAUGGUACUUUUUCUGAAAACAUGAACAUGAUCAGAUACAUGCAAUUUACAGUACUUCAAAAUGUGCAAGCAUCUCUACUAUAGGUAUAUUAAUAUGCUGCCUCUCAUUCCCAUAUCAAGCUACUUCAAUAGUGUCACCUGUAUGUGUAUUAUAGUUCUUCUCCGAUAUAUUAAAAUGAGUGUAUUUGUGAUUGAUUCCUCCUCCAGAAGAAUGGCUUAUUUAGAUUUCAGAGAAGAGUCCAUAGUUUCCUAUCAGAAAGCACUUUUCCACAAUAACUUGAGGGAGGUGUGAUCAGCAGAGCUUUUCAGAUGUAACCACCAGUCAUGUAUAUAGUGAGAUCAACUGUGGCAAGCCUAUUGAUUAUUUGUCUCAUAGUAUGUGAGUAUAGUACAGUUGAAGGAAAAUAUAAUUGAUAUAUACAUACCUGUACUGGUCUAAGACACACAGACCAUGGGCAUAAGAUGUAUCUAGUAAAGGAGCCAAAACAUGCAGAUCUAACAUGCAAACAGUGUUGGAUUGUCAAGUGAUGAAUAUGGAUUUGUGGUAUCUGUUUCAAAAGGAACAAUGUUCUUAGUGUACAGGAUAUUAAUAAUAUGGGCUUUUUUUUACUAACCAAUUCUGAACUGUAAGAUGUUAUCUUAUGUUGUGUACUCCCAGUGUGAUGAUUUCUUAAAGGUGUGAAAUUUGUAGCAUGACUGUAUAAAGUUCCAAACUCCUUGUUCUUUCAAUAAGCAAUAGCACUGAUUUAUGUUCCUUUCCCCCUACUCCCAAGUGUUGCAUAUAUUUUCUAAGCCAAUAUCGUUGGGCAAAGUUGUUAUUAAUCUUAUCUUUAUGUGGCAGACAAUGGUUAACAUUGCAAUAUUUUGAUUUUUAUGGAAAAAUAUUUGAAAUGGACUUUAUCUUGAUUUGGGACACCCAAUUUCUGAAUUGUAUUGACAUGUAAAAAUUUUAAACAGUUUUUUAAAGGGUUUGAAGUAGAAUGCUGGAAUUUUUAAAUUGUUAAUCUUGCUUCCUCUGCAUAUUUUGGUUUGUUCCAUUCCUACUUCCUUGUGUGAAUUCUGCCUUUCUUACGUUUUAAUAAAAUGGAACAUUUCUAAAUUA